UGCUGUGCAUCGACCAAUCUGAGAAAGGGAACUAUAAGGUGAAGAUGCACCGAGGGAUUUAUGAAGACGCAUGGUAUGCUGUGGAGAAAGUGAAAGGAGUAGAAGCGGCAGGGCAAGAAAAGGAUAGUGAUAAAUGGACAGACGCUGAGAAGAAGAAGUCGAAAGUCACCUACAAGCGUAUGAAAUGGAGACUGAGAAGUCCGAGAAAAAGCAUUGCUGCAGCACACACUAAGACAACAAGAGAGAUAUUGAAGAUUCAAUCGGCAGCACACUGCUUGCUAGAAACUUUGGCAAACGAGAGCGAAACAGACGAGGAUGAUGAUGCAGAGGAAGUCUCUGGAUUCCCCACACCCUCAAGGGGUUACUUCGUCACCUCCGUCAAACCCGCGUCAAAGCCCCUCGUCAAAGACCUACGUCAAAGUAGGUUGCUUCGCUAGUUGCUUCGCCACCUCCGUCAAACCUCCGUCAAAGGAGGCUAGGAGGCUACGGGGCUGCGGGAGGCUGCAGGGGCUACUUCGCUGGGAGUGUGCGCUUGUGCUGAAGAAAGAAAGCAGGUCCAGACUUCUGCACCUGACCUAGUGGCUGAAGAAGGAUCUCCCUCAAGUGAUUUGCUGCUUCCUCCCCGACGUAGGUUUGACGGAGAAAACCUUGAUCCACUAGGUAAGGUUACUUCCAGAGCGGAGUAUGCUCAGGUGAAACUGGUGGUGAUGCCGAUCUCUUCUUUCUCGAUUUCUAGAACUGUGAAACGGAAAGUCUCACCAGAAAGUCAUUGCACUCUCUUUGAAGAGGGUCUUCCCUUUGUAAGCAAAGGUGAAGCCUUCUCUAAUGCUACGUGUCUUCAUCUUAGCAGAUCUCUAAAGCUUGGAGCGUAUGGUAACGGUUAG